CGAGAGAAGAGCAAUUCAGUAGACCUCGUGCAGUGUUCCUCGACGAUUCGCGCUAUCCUCAUUGAUUUAUCAAUCACUGAUGUCUUUAUUUGUGUAAAAAAUCUAGCAGCAACAUAUUAAUUAAUUAGAAAGAUUUAAAAUGUGGUCUUCCGUCAUCGUACUCAUCAGUUCACUAUGUAUAUUAAUACCAUCGACGCAAUCUCAAGGUCAAUGCCAAAACCCACAAGGGCGACCUGGUAUAUGCAUUAAUAUAAAAAAUUGUGCACCGUUGCUCAAUCUUCUGCAAACAAAUUCUCAAAAUCCAGAAAUAGCAAAUUUUCUCCGUUCUUCCCUUUGUGGAUUUGAAGGUAGAGAUCCUCAAGUUUGCUGUCCUACCGACAUCAAUGGCGGAAAUACAGGUGGUACAGAAAACACAGGCAACAAUUUCGAAGGCGAGCAAGGUCGUGGCGAGAUCACGAAUACUGUGUAUGGUCCUUUGUAUCCACCUGAUUGUGGAUUUAGUAAUAUAUCGCUACGUAGAGUCGUUGGUGGUUCGCCAGCUGCGUUAGGUUCUUGGCCUUGGCUCACCGCUCUCGGAUUCAGAAAUCCGAGAGAUUCAAAUGUUCCGAGAUGGCUUUGCGGUGGCGCUUUAAUUUCUACUCGUCAUGUGCUUACUGCUGCGCAUUGCGUACAUGGACGAGACGAUUUGUAUAAAGUACGUAUUGGUGACUUGGACCUCAAUAGCGAUUCCGAUGGAGCGACUCCCUUCGAGGAUUUUAUCGAAUGGAAAGCAGUACAUCCCGGCUACAAUCCCACAAGCCACACGAACGAUGUGGCUGUUUUAAAAACGACUCGAGAAGUACCAUUUUCAUCAAUACUUCAUCCUAUCUGUCUGCCAGUGGAUGAUUUUACUAGAAAUAGAAACGUGGAGAAUACGUAUCCUUUCAUUGCUGGAUGGGGAUCUGUUUAUUUUCGUGGACCUACAAGCAGUCGACUUUUACAAACACAACUUCCUGUACGUCCACAACAAGAAUGCGUAAGAGCUUUUCAAAAUUUUAAAGGGAAUGUAAUAGAUGAUCGCGUUUUAUGUGCCGGAUUUGCUCAAGGUGGAAAAGAUUCUUGUCAGGGUGACAGUGGUGGACCAUUGAUGUCUCCUAAUCCUCGAGACAAUAAAUUUUAUUAUGUUAUCGGAGUAGUAUCAUAUGGUUUUAGAUGCGCAGAACCAGGUUUUCCAGGAGUAUAUACAAAGGUUACGGCUUUCCUCGAUUUUAUUACAAGCCAAUUAGUGUAAAUAGCUUUUUUAUACAAACAUAGAAAUUUUCCAUCUAUAUUUUUUUUCUUAGGU